AUGAAGGACAGCCAUGCAAGUAAGCAAGGUUUCGAAAAGGAUUCCUCACGAUUGACCACACUCACACUCUUUCGAAACUCAUCGAGGUAUCACGAGAGUACAAGAUGCCGCUUUCUCACCUUUAUCGACUUAAGGAAGGCCUUCGACUCAGUUGAGACGGAAGCGGUCGUGGAAGCCUUGGACAACCAAGGCGUCCCUACUCAGUACAUAAAGGUACUUCGAGAGUUGUACAGUAACUUCACGACCGGAAUUGCGCCAUUCUACAAGAAUAUCAUCAUUGACGUGAAGAGGGGGGUCCGACAGGGUGACACAAUCUCAUCCAAAAUAUUCACAGCCACCCUCGAGAACGCAAUGCGAAAGUUGGAAUGGGACGACAUGGGAGUGAAGGUCGACGGUCGGCAGCUACACCAUUUGCGCUUUGCUGAUGACAUUGUAUUGAUAACUCCUAGCAUCAGCCAAACGGAACGAAUGUUGACCGAAUUCGACGAAACAUGUGGAUGCAUCGGUCUUCAGCUGAAUCUAGACAAGACGAUGCUUAUGAGGAACCGAUGGGUUUCUGCUGCCCCAUUCACGCUCAGCGGGACGAACAUAUCCGAAUGCUCCAGCUAUGUAUAUCUAGGUUGGGAAAUGAAAAUAAUGAACGACCUGACCUCCGAGUUGGGCAGAAUAAAACGAGCGGCUUGGGGAGCAUUCAAGAGCGUCGAGGACAGAGGCUCAGGAACACCCGGCUCCGUGCUCACCUCUUCAACACCACCGUACUUCCUGCUUUGA